AUGAUCCACCAAAACUCCAGCUCAGACCGGACCGCCAACGGCGGGAACACAGGCAAGGUGAUCACGACGCUGCAGUCGGACCUGCUCUAUACGCGGACGGGACGGCCUUGUACUGAGUCUUGGUGCAAUCCCUGGGACGGAGGAGUCCUUGGCGACCUUGUUGGUUUCCUUGAAGAUCUUCUUGAAGCUGAUGUCGAGAUCCUUCCUCUCAAGCUUGAGCGUGCCGAGCUCGGCCUCAGAGCGCUUGAGACGCUCCAUGAGCUGGUCAGGGAAGUCAAACAUGUCACCGAAAUCAUUGGAAUCGCCAGGAAGGAUGCCGCCCUUGUCCUCCAAUACUUUGGCUGGAACAAGGAGCUCCUCAUGGAAAGAUAUAUGGCAAAGAUCAAGGAGGGCAAGUCGGGCACAAUCGAAUGCGUGGAGUCCAAAUGCAAGCAGAUUGGGGACAAAAAUACAAUUGUCAACCUGCUCACCGCUAGGGACGCUAAUCUGCCCGAGGCCAACACUCUCAUGGCCCGCUUCCAAACCCUCCUCAACCACACCUUUAAAUGCAAGGAUGAUAGUGAGAUGGCAAACUGGAUCUCGGCAAACACCAAGGAAUGCACGAGGUGUCACUUGACCAUCGAGAAGAACGGGGGCUGCAACCAUGUGACUUGCAAGAAGUGCAAGCCCGAGUUCUGUUGGGUCUGUACCGGCAUUUGGGCCGACCAUGGCACCGCUUGA